AUGAGCCAGCUCCUCACGGCGCGACAGGCGGAGGAGCUGCACAAGGCAAUGAUUGCCUAUUUGACCGCCGCGAACCUGCCUCAGACUUGCGCUGCACUACGAGAGGAACUCGGGGACUCGGUCUCUGUGGAAGACUCUACACUCAAGAAGUAUGAAGGCUUGCUGGAAAAGAAAUGGACCAGCGUGGUGAGGCUACAGAAGAAGAUCAUGGAUCUUGAAACCCGAUGUGCUAGCCUCCAGACUGAACUGGACACCGCCACACCUACGUCCCUUUCCCGAAGAAACCAAGAUCCGGUAUCAUGGUUACCUCGAGACCCUGCGCGCCAUGACCUCGAGUCGCAUCGGGAAGCUGUGAACUGUGUGGCUUUUCACCCAAUCUUCUCCUCACUCGCGUCAGGAUCAGAAGACAGUACGAUCAAAAUCUGGGAUUGGGAGCUGGGCGAGCUGGAGAGGACCAUCAAAGGUCACACGAGAGCUGUGCUUGAUGUUGACUAUGGUGGGCCUCGUGGUGGAACGCUACUCGCUUCCUGCUCGUCUGACUUGACGAUUAAGUUGUUUGACCCAGCGGAUGAGUACAAGAACAUUCGUACUUUACCUGGCCACGAUCACAGUGUUUCAGCAGUCCGAUUCAUUCCAUCCGGAGCCGCAGGGUCGCCUAUGUCGGGCAAUCUGUUGGUUUCUGCGUCUCGGGAUAUGACUCUUCGCAUAUGGGACGUGACGACGGGGUAUUGCGUAAAGACGCUACAUGGUCAUUCAGGCUGGGUGCGAGAUGUUGCGCCCUCGCCGGAUGGACGGUUUUUGUUCUCUGCAGGAGAGGAUCAAGUCCCGCGAUUAUGGGAUAUCUCAUCCGGAGAGCCGAAAGCCACCUUCCUCGGCCACGAGCAUGUGGUGACGUGUGUCGCUUUUGCUCCCACGACAAGUUACCAGCAUCUUGCACCGUUGGCUGGGCUCAAGAAGCCACCGCCAUCAUCAUCGUCUGCAGAAUUCGUUGCCACUGGCUCCCGUGAUAAGACCAUUCGCUUGUGGGAUGCUCGGGGCAAUCUGGUGAAAACAUUAGUGGGCCAUGACAACUGGGUGCGAGGAUUGGUAUUCCACCCUGGGGGCAAAUUCCUUCUCUCGGUGGCAGAUGACAAGACUCUCCGAUGCUGGGAUCUCACACAAGAAUGCAAGUGUGUUCGCACCAUCAAAGCUCAUGAUCACUUCGUGAGCUCAAUUCGAUGGGCGCCAUCACUGAUCAAGGAAAGCCACGCCAAUGGUACUGCGGGGGCAAAUGGAGAAGGCCAAUCCAGUACAGCCAAGGAUGAUCCCAAUGCGGCCCAUAAGAUGUCGAUUCGCUGUGUUCUUGCGACAGGGAGCGUUGAUAAGAAAGUACGGGUCUUUGCAUCAUGA